AUGGCAUUCGAUACGAAUGUGAAUUAUAGCGAAAGUCGCGCCACAGAGGUCAAUACCAUUGGAUGGGUUUUCACAGGCAUCGCCAUCAUCACUGUUUCCUUGAAGAUAUUCUCCCGUGUGGAUACCAAGCGGGCAGGAUGGGACGAUUUCUUUAUUUUCUUCUCCAUGGCCCUUAGUAUCGUUGCCACAGCAUUGGUAUCCUACUCGGUCACCUUGGGCUUUGGGCGACAUACUGCAGCAGUUGUAGCAGAGCAUGGGAUGGAACGCUAUGAAAAGACAGCUUACUGGCAAAUUAUUGCGUUUCCAUUCAAUAUCGGCGCAUUUAGUUUUCCCAACAUCUCUAUCUCCAUCUUGAUUGUCGAUCUUCUUGACCCCAACCCCUUGCGCAAAUGGGCUCUCUAUGGCAUGAGUAUAUUCCAGGUUAUCAUUGCAAUCAUAUCGGUCUUCAUUGUGUUUUUCCAAUGUGACCCUGUUGCAAUGUUAUGGAAACCCACGUUAGAAGGUACAUGCUGGAGCUCAGACGUCUUCGAUGACUUCUCGUACUUUGUCAGUGGCUUUACAGCAAUGACGGAUAUUAUCCUGGCAAUUGUUCCCAUUCUUGCAUUUUGGAAAUUGCAGAUGCCUUUCUCAACGAAGCUUAGUAUCUGCAUUAUGAUGGGGUUGACACUUCUAUCUGCGAUUGUGACCAUCGUCAAAGCAACAUAUUUGCACCUGUUUACGAACCACACUGAUCCACUUUGGAUUCCUGUUCCACUAGUCCUUUGGGGGCUGAUUGAACAAAAUGUUGUCAUUGUCGCCGCUUGCAUCCCUACUCUCCGUCCCUUCUUCCGCAAAACAUUCCAAUCUACAAAGAACUCGUCGAGCGGGGACUCCUCCCCGAAUAGCUCGGGCGCAAGAUUCAGGCGCUCAGUCAAGUCAAUCUACAGUAUCUCCAGGCAGUGUCCCGAGUCUGUCUCGGAAUUUCCGCUGAAUGAUACGCAACCAAAGAGUGGUGACAAUGAUGAAUUUCAUGACAGCGAAAGUGCAUCUGGACACGCGAUAGAAUCGGGAUCCCACAAAAGGUCAAGCCAGGAGCUUUAG